AAAUUCAUACGAUAGAGGUUUAUUACCUACUUAGCAGAACUGAAAUCGAACUGAUUCAAAGAAAAACUCCAUGCCUUUAAUACUUUUAACUGGAUUUCCCGCGAGUGGGAAAUCAACACGAGCGCAACAACUAAGAGAAUAUUUCUCUACCAUUGUUGGAAAGAAUGUCGUGCUUUUAAGUGAAAAUGAAAUCGUAAAAAACAAACACAUUUAUUCAGAUGCCAACAAGGAAAAGGAAUUGAGAAGCACAUUAAAAUCCGAAUUACAAAGGCUGAUUAGCCAAGAGGGUAUUUUAAUUCUUGAUGGAGGAAAUUACAUCAAAGGAUAUCGGUAUGAACUCUACUGUUCUUCAAAAUCUAAUAAAACAACACAGUGCACCUUACAUAUUGACACAAGCUCUGAACAAGCUUGGAAGCAAAAUCUGAAGAGAGAAGAGAAUUGCCAGUAUUCCCAAGAAAACUUUGAUGCCUUGAUAAUGAGAUAUGAGGCCCCAGAUGGAAGAAAUAGGUGGGAUGCACCACUAUUCACUAUUCAGCCUGAAGAUAAAUUACCGUUUGAAGAAAUUGCAGCAGCUCUGUGUGAAAGAAAGGCCCCUGCCCCAAAUCAGUCAACACAAUCACUUCCUCUCACAUCAACAAACUUCCUCUAUGAGCUGGAUUGUGUGACUCAGGAAAUAGUAAAUCGAGUAGUCGAGGCACAAAAAACAUCUGUAAUAGGGGACGAAGUCUCUAUACCUAACUCAACUGAAAAGUUUCUUCUUAAACGUCGCUAUCAACUGUCUGAACUUUCAAGAAUCAGGCGGCAGUUUAUUAGCUUUGCCAAGACCCAUCCAGUAGAUGAUAUACCAAGAUUAGCUGCCAUGUUCUUUCAGUACCUAACGUCUCACUUGGUGUAAAUAAUGUAUGAUGUACCCAACGAAUCAUUUGAAUGACCACUGUUAUUUCUGUCUAUUAA